AUGGGAAAUGCCCCGUCAAGAGAUGAUUCGUCGAAUACCGUUAACCAAACAUUAAGCGAUCCUAGCACUGGAAUUUCAGGAGAACUGGAGUCAGAAGAGCAAGGAGGUCUAUCGCGACAAUACAAUAGUAAAUAUAAUGACAGUAAUGACCAAUAUAAAACUCGAAAAGACGACGAUAAAGCAAAUUGCUUAAAGACAACGCCUGCAAUCAAAAUAGAAAGAAAAACCAAAGACUCAGCUUCGAAAUCUAAUAAGAAAGAUUCCUCAUCUCCCCGGAAGUUCAGAAGAUCCUCUUUUGCAGAUCAUGAUUUGGAUUUAGAUCUUGAAAUUGGCGUUUCUGCAGCUAAGUUAUUAACCAUUCCUAGUGAAUAUCACUCUUCAGUUGAAAGUUCUGAUAUUUCUAUUGCUUCUCCGGUUUUCACAUCUAGUGGUGAAACAAAGGAUGUGGACCUGCUACUGUCUGUAGGCUCAGGGAAUUCUCCAAAACAAAAUGGAGGUUUUGGAAAUUAUAAAGAGGAUUCAAAAGAGAGCUUAGAACCCAUCGUGGAAGGCUCUCUUGAGUCUACCCCAGAGCCAGGAAAAGUGCCUUCGAAAACCGGAUUCAUUAAAAAGAAUUCGAUCGGAAAGUUCAUUAAACCUCAAUCAUCGAAGAACUCUCUUGGAGAAGAAUUAACUAAAUUAGCAUCUAUCAGCUCAACUUCUACUUCAGGGUCACCGCCUUUAGCUCCUAGUAGUAAGAAAUUUGAGAUUGAUAUUGAUGCAGUUAUCGAUAAACUUCUAAAUGUCGGGAUGAAGAAGCAAACAAAGAGGUCUUCCAAAGAAAAAUUUCCAAUUUCACCUAACGAAAUAAGAUAUAUAGUACAGAAAGCAAGGUCUGUAUUUUUAACUCAGCCUAGCUUAUUAAGGUUAUCACCACCUGUUAAAAUUGUUGGUGAUAUACAUGGCCAAUUUCACGACUUAGUUAGAAUCUUCAAUGUGUGUGGCUAUCCGCCGUAUUCAAAUUAUUUGUUUUUGGGUGAUUACGUUGACCGUGGCCCUAGGUCAUUAGAAAUUUUCUUGUUGUUGUUAAGCUUUAAAAUUAAGUAUCCAGAGAAUUUUUUCAUGUUGAGAGGGAAUCAUGAAUCUGCGAACAUUACUAAGAUAUACGGGUUUUAUGAUGAGUGUAAGCGAAGGUUAAGUAGCCGUAAGAUUUGGAAAGAUUUUGUUGAUGUAUUCAAUACUUUGCCUAUUGCGGCUACAAUUAAUGAUAAAAUCUUCUGCAUUCAUGGAGGCUUAUCUCCGGACUUGCACGAUUUGAAUCAAAUCGAGACAAUUAAGAGACCCACGGAUGUACCUGAUAGUGGUUUGUUGGCUGAUUUGCUUUGGUCUGACCCUGAUCCUGCGAUACGAAGCUCAAGCUGGACCAAAAAUGACCGUGGUGUGUCUUACUGUUUCGGAAAGAAGCAUGUGGAUCAUUUUUGUGCCAAAUUCAAAAUGGAUCUAAUUGUGAGGGGCCAUAUGGUUGUAGAAGAUGGCUACGAGUUUUUCAACAAGAGGAAGCUCGUCACUGUCUUCCUGGCUCCAAACUACUGCGGUGAGUUCAACAACUUUGGUUCCGUUAUGAAAGUGGACAGAAAGAUGUGCUGUUCAUUUCAGUUGAUCAAACCACAUAGUGAAUAG